GUAUUAUCAGUAUGUCCGUCGCACCCGUAACGCGUAGUUGUCCAAGGUAUUUGCAUAUUUGCAUAUUUGCAGUUAGUCGUUUGCUUUAAUAAUAAUAAGUAUCAGUGUUUUAAAUUUAAAUAAUUUUGAUCCUGUGUCAUAAUAUAUGUUUGUGUGUCGAUUCAGCGACGUAGUGUUUUUCCAAUGUUCAAAAUCAUUGUUGAGUAGUAAUUUUUAAAUUAGCACGUAGUUCAGUCGUGUGCAAAACAAAGUAUCUACUGGGCAAUUGAUAACACCGAUAUUUUAUUCGGUUGCACCUGUUUGGUUUAAUGAGGAAAAAUAGUGGAAAAUGAGCUGGGGAACGGAAUUAUGGGACCAGUACGAUAAUUUAUCGUUCCACACUCAGAAAGGCAUUGAUUUCCUCGAGCGAUAUGGCCACUUCAUCCGCGAUAGGUGUCUCAUCGAAAUGGAAUAUGCUGGAAAACUCAGGCGACUGGUCAAAAACUAUCAACCGAAAAAAAAAGAAGAAGAAGAAUAUCAGUAUAGUACGUGUAAAGCGUUCAAGGGAAUGCUGUGCGAAGUAAACGAUUUAGCGGGACAACACGAAGUAAUCGCCGAAAAUCUUCAGUCUGAUGUGAUCAGGGAAAUAAAUUUCCUAGUAAAAGAUAUCAAAGAAGAAAGGAAAAAGUUACUUCAAGACAGCGCCAAGUAUGUCGCCAUGAUCAACAAUCAAGUGGCUUCAUUGGAACGUUCACGAAAAAAUUACGAGAAAGCAUUUAAGGAGGCUGAAAGAGCUCUAGACAAUUUUCAACGAGCCGAUGCUGAUUUAAACUUAUCCCGAGCUGAAGUUGAAAAACAGAGAAUGAAUAUGGCAAUAAAAAAUCAACAUUGUGAAGAAUCCAAAAAUGAAUAUGCUAAUCAGUUACAAAAGACUAAUGAGCUUCAAAGUCAACAUUAUAAAGCUUUAAUGCCCGAAGUGUUUAGGCAGCUGCAGGAACUCGACGAAAAACGAAUACGCAAUGUUAGACAUUUUAUGGCACAUUCAGCAGACGUCGAACGCAAUGUUUUUCCAAUUAUUAAUAAAUGUUUAGAUGGAAUUAUCAAUGCAGCCAAUCAAAUCAAUGAAAAACAAGAUACUAUUUUAGUAAUAGAAAGAUAUAAAUCUGGCUUCGAACCACCAGGAGAUUUUCCAUUUGACGAUUUAAGCCGCGGUGGUGAAUCUACUCCACUUGUUAUUUCUGGUGGUCAUACGACAUUAUCAUCAGGUAAUGGUGCCCACAGGACGGAUUCAAUGACCGUCAAGGGCACUAUGUCGGCGGGCAAACUGAAAAAACGUGUGGGCCUAUUUGCCAUAUUUAGCUCCAACAAGUUAAUGGAUGUUUGCAGUUCAGUUAAGAAUAAUCUUUCAAAUUCUGGUGAUAAGGAUGACUAUAGUGAACUUCCCCCAAAUCAACGUAGAAAAAAAAUUCUUCAAAAACUAGAUGAAAUACAAGCAAAAUUACAUCAAGAAAUAGCAGCUAAAGAUGGCUUAAUGAAAAUGAAAGGUGUUUAUGAAUCUAAUCCAGCCUUAGGAGAUCCUAUGUCUACUGAGGGUCAAUUAAGUGAAUGUUCUCAGCGUAUUGAUAAAUUAAAUUUAGAUAUGACUAAAUAUCAAGGGCUUCUCCAAGAAGUUGAAUGUAAUGGAGGAAGUCCUGCGGGUAAUCGAAAAUAUGAGCCAACAGAACAAAAUGGAAUUGGAAAUGGUAGCACUAAUAACCUCUCAAAUCAUAAUAGGUUAAAUGUACCAGAUGGUAAAGCACCUUUAGGUGAAGAUGAAUCUUUAAGUCGUUCAGCAUCAGAUUCUAGUGUUUCCACACCAGCUGUAGGAUUAAAUAAUAGUCGGUAUGCUGGUGAAACUGUUAGUUUAGGUGCAUCUCGACAUUCAUUAAUGAGCAAUGAAGAUGUACCAUACUAUGACCUUCAUGAUUUACCACCAUUAGGCACGUGUACUGCUCUCUAUGCAUUUGAAGCUACUAGUGAAGGUUCAAUACCAAUGUUUGAUGGAGAACAACUACUUAUAAUUGAGCAAGAUCAAGGAGAUGGAUGGACCCGUGUAAGACGUCAACCUCCUAAUGUAGAAGAAGGAUUUGUACCAACUUCCUAUAUUUCCAUACACUCUAGCUGAAUGAAAUUCAAUACUUUGAAAUCUUUUGGCAUACUUUGACCUUAGAAUCAGCAAAUACUGUACAUUUUAACUCUUGUUUCCCCAAUAUUUUUAAUUAGUUUAUUUAUUAGGUUGUGAAAAGUGCCAAUUUUUAACAAAAUGCAAUUCAUUUGUACUGUGCUCAAGCUUAUGUAGAUUUUAAAUAUUUUAUUUUAUUUUAUCAUCAAAAUAAUCAAAUAGUACUAUUCAAAAUGAACUAAUGGUAUAUUAACUUUACUUGACAUCAAAAGUUUUUUUUCGUAUAAUGUGCUUUUCCUCAUCCUGAAAUUAAUGAUUAAGGAUGUUUAAAAAUACACAUGUGUUAUUUCAAUUCAGUGUCUCCGUCCACCUUAUUAUUACUUAGUUUAGUUUUAAUACUUGUUUUUUUUAACACUUCUGUUUUUGUUUUGUCUACAUUACAAAUUUCAUUACAAUUAAUAUUAUACAAUUUAAAAAAAUAUGAACUAGUAGUGAUAAUUUAUUUUACAACAAUUUAUGUGUUCUUUAAAGUCAUUAUUUAUGUUGUGCUUCAACGAAAGUUUGGUUGUGUUUUUUCAUUUACUUAUAAUAAAUAUAUACAUGUAUUUAUAUAUUUUACUAUUAUAAAUAUAAUGUAAAAAUAAUUUCUUUACUUUGUUGAUAUAAUUAAAUUUGUUCAAAAAUAUUAUUUAAGUAAUUGUCCCUACUUUAAAGAUUUCUUGAACAAAAUUAACAGACUUUGCUAAUAAAUAGCAUAUUUAAAGAUUUAAAGAUUUGUAUGUAUAUUUCUUUUUUCUUAUUGUUAUUUUUAUUAUUAUUAUUAUUAUUAUUACUAUUAUUAUCAUUAUACUAUUAUUAUUAUUAUUAUU